AUGAUAGACUCCAUCCUCGACCAUAGAGCUCUCCUCCAGCAGAGUUACACGACGGCGUGGAACUGGAUCAGUACGGUUAACGCGACCAAACUGCUCCGUUUCCUACCCGUCGCGUCGCUAGGCACGGCGUUCCUCGGCAAACACCCAGCCGUUCAAAAAGACAUCUUCAAGGCUCGAUGCGAGAGCCUUAUCGACAAGAUUGACCUGGAAAAUGUCACGGUCAAUUUUGUCGAUUAUGUUCCUUCGGGAACGAAGUUAUCUCUGGGAGAUAUCCCGGCCUCGUGCGGUGCGGCGUACCAAGUCGCCGCGGCGGAUGUAUGCCGCCUGAAUAUGGUCGUGGCGACGUCAAAUGCAAGCGAAAUCAUGCUAGAGGCAUGGCUCCCUCGAAGCUACAAGGGACGGUUCUUGAGUGCAGGGAACAGCGGUUUCUCGGGGUGCAUCCCAUAUCUCGACCUUUCAUACGGCUCCUGGAUGGGGUUUGCUACGGUUGCGGCGAAUAACGGCCACAACGGUGAUACUGGCAAACCAUUCUACCGGAACCCGCAGGUUCUGAAAGACUUUGUUUAUCGCUCUCUGCACACGGGGGUUGUGGUCGGAAAGGAGGUCACCAGUCUGUUCUACGACGAGGGCUUCGACAAGUCGUACUACUUCGGUUGCUCCACGGGUGGCCGUCAAGGCCUCAUGGCCGUGCAGCGGUUCCCGGAUGACUUCGACGGCGUGGUAGCAGGUGCGCCGGUGUUCAACUGGGUCAACUGGAUUUCUUGGAUUGCAAAUUUCUACCAGAUUACCGGACCACCGACUGCUGAUACAUUCCUCCCCGUGUCGCUCUGGGAAAUCGUUCGGAAAGAGGUCCUGAGACAAUGCGACCAGAUCGACGGAGCCAAAGACGGCAUCAUCGAGGAUCCGGAUCUUUGCCAUCCAACCUUCGAGAGGUUGAUAUGCCGGCACGAUGCGGAGGCGGAUAACUGUCUAACGGGUGCACAAGCAAGAACCGUCCGCAAAGUUCUAUCCCCUUUCUACGGCGUGAAUGGGACACUGAUAUACUCCCGGAUGCAACCCGGAGCAGAGAUCUUCGCUGCGUACGCCUUGUGCAACGGAAUCCCGUCGCACUACAGCGAGGAAUGGUUCCGAUACGUCGUCUACAAUGACCCAUCCUGGGACGUUCGAAACUUCACCAUCCACGAUGCGGCAGCAGCAUUAGAACAGAACCCGUACAACAUCCAAACCUGGGACACAGACCUCUCCGCCUUCCGAGACGCAGGUGGCAAGGUCCUUGUCUACCACGGCCUCCAGGACGGACUGAUCAGUUCGGACAACUCCAAACUAUACUAUUCACUCGUUGCGGAAACGAUGAAUCUCCCGCCGGACGAACUGGAUGACUUUUACCGCUUCUUCCCCAUCAGCGGGAUGGGACACUGCAGCUCCGGCGACGGCGCUAACGCUAUUGGAAACGGCUAUUUUGGAUAUGCCGGGAGUUCGCCGGAAGAUAAUGUGAUCAUGGCCGUGGUGCGAUGGGUGGAGGAGGGUAUUCCGCCGGAUACCCUCCGCGGCACGAAAUAUGUCGAUGGGAUAUGGUCGCCUGUUGUAUAUAAACGCAAGCAUUGCAGGCAUCCCCGGAGGAACGUAUACAGGGGUCCUGGGAAGCAUACGGAUGAGAAUGCGUGGGAAUGCAUCUGAACAUAGAGGAACAUGUUGCUUCCUACUGUAGGCAUUGCGGAUUAGUCGGCCUGAAAAGCUAGUUGGAGCAAGGAUUUAGGGAUAUAUACCUAGAUAGAUUCUCAAUAUUGAGGGUCGCAGUAAAUGCUGAC